AUGGCAUUGGACCUUCUGGACGUCGGAGUCCUCGCUCUCAUUGUCCUUGGUCUAACCGUGUACCUAACCAAGGGCAUUUUUUGGGGCCAAAACUCGGGCGCUAGUGCUGGAGUCUCUGCAUCUACAGGCUCGAGGAAUUUGGUUGAAGUUUUGAAACAAACCAACAAGAAAGCUCUGGUGUUCUAUGGUUCGCAGACCGGUACAGCCGAGGACUACGCGACCAAAUACGCCAAAGAACUGCAAUCGCGUUUUUCGAUCCCUACGAUUUGUGCUGACUUAUCAGACUAUGACUUUGACAAUUUGAACGAGGUCCAUGAGGUUCCUGGAUUCACAUUCAUCACUUUCUUGAUGGCCACGUACGGUGAGGGAGAGCCCACAGACGAUGCUGGUGACUUCUUCAGCUACCUCGACGACGAGUGCGAGAAUCUGGAGAACCUCAAAUUUGCAUGCUUUGGUCUUGGAAACUCGACUUAUGAGAUCUACAACGCAAUGGGGAAACGCACUGUUGCGAGGCUGACUGAACUGGGUGCCACUCUCAUUGGUGAGCUUGGUGAGGGAGACGACGGUCAAGGCACUAUGGAUGAAGACUAUCUGGCCUGGAAGGACUCUCUCUUUGAGGUUUUGAGAGAAGAGCUCCACUUGGAAGAACAUGAUGUUUCGUACGAACCUGGCUUGGCCGUUAUUGAGAACUCUGCACUUUCUAGUGAGUCUGCCUCUGUUUCCCUUGGUGAACCAGACUCCAAGUACGUCAACCCGCAAUCCGAGGAACAACUCAGAGCAUUGACCCUGGGACCUUUUGAUCACUCCCAUCCUUAUUUGGCACCCGUUACUUCUUCAAAAGAGCUCUUCAACUCGGAAACCCGUCACUGCAUUCAUGCAGAGUUUGAUCUCUCUGGAACGAACCUUCGUUACUCCACUGGUGAUCAUUUGGCAAUCUGGCCCAGCAAUUCGCUAGAAAACACUGCAAAGUUUCUGAGUGUUUUGGGUAUAUCUGAGAAGAAAGACACCGUUAUUGACAUCAAGUCUCUGGACUCCACUGUUCACUCAGUCAUCCCAAGCCCAACCACCUAUGCUGCUGUUGUUGGUCAUUACCUUGAGAUUUCGGGCCCGGUUUCCAGACAGUUUCUGAAGAUGGUUGUGCCGUUUGCCCCAGAUGCUGAGUCAAAAUCCAAGGCUUCGGCUUUGGCUGACUCCAAGGAACUGUUCCACAAUGAAGUUACCGAGAAAUAUCUGAACAUUGCCGAUGCCCUCUCUUACAUCUCCAACGGUAAACCAUGGAGUUCCAUUCCAUUCAGUUUUGUGAUUGAGUCUAUUGCCCAUCUGCAGCCUCGUUACUAUUCGAUCUCUUCCUCCUCUCUCUCCGAGAAACAGACUGUUCAUGUGACGGCCGUUGUCGAGUGGGAAAGACCAAAUGGCAGCGACCACGAUGUGACAGGUGUGGCCACCAAUCUUCUGUGGAAUAUUCAGCUUGAACAGAGCGGGAUAAGCAAGGUAAAGCCACCAGUGACCUACGACCUAGAAGGACCACGCGGGAAGUUUGCGCCUUUGAAACUGCCAAUUCAUAUCAGAAGAUCUACCUUCAAACUACCUACCAACCCAGCCACACCAGUGAUCAUGGUUGGUCCAGGAACCGGAGUUGCUCCGUUUAGAGGCUUUCUUAGAGAGAGAGUCAAGCAAGUGGAGAACGGAGUCAGUGUUGGUAAGACAAUUCUGUUCUACGGCUCAAGAAGCUCCAAGGAGGACUUUCUGUACAAAGACGAGUUCCCACAAUAUUCCAAGAAGUUGGGUGAUAAGUUUGAAUUGAUCACUGCUUUCUCCAGAGAAACUAGCAAAAAGGUGUAUGUUCAGCACAAAAUGGCGGAGAAGGCUGCCGAGAUCGACCAGUUGCUCAAGCAAAAUGCCUUCUUCUAUGUUUGUGGUGAUGCCUCCAAGAUGGCCAGAGACGUUCAGUCCACUCUAGUCGAGAUUCUCAAGAGCCAGAGAAAGCUUUCGGAGAGUGUUGCUUCUGAGAUGGUGAGAAAUUUCAAGGUUUCAAAUAGAUACCAGGAGGAUGUGUGGUAA